GAUCAAUUGAGCCUAAUACAGUACAGUCCGUGCUCGGCAAGCCUAUCAGCCAGCGGUUGACUCCAGAAGACCUGUUUUGACGAUAUGCCGACUGUACGAGAGGGCCGAUUCAGCUCAUUGUCAGUCUACAUGCGGAACGUACUGCAGGCCGUACCUCUCGCUUAAACAUGGCGAUGUCGAGGGUCAAGUACAUUUUCCAGAAAUACCCGUUACUCGCCAAUUCCGCUGUGUACGGAGGGAUGUGCGUCACCGCCGAGUUUUCACAGCAGAUGGUCAACAAGCGGUAUUUUGACAGAAAAGAACCCCCUGAGCCUAUUGACAAAGCGAUGCUUGUGAGGUACGCCGUAGUCGGAUCCUGCAUCAAUUCCAAUAUCUUAUAUUUCUGGUUCAUAUGGCUGGAAAGAAAAGUGCCUGGGAAAAGCCUGAAAAGCAUUGCGGUCAAACUCCUUUUGCACCAGUUCCUAAUGACACCACCUUUCCUUGCUGCAUUUUACUUGAGUAUGAGCAUUAUGGAAGGCAAAGACGACCUAUUGGCUGAGCUGAGGGAAAAAUUCGUACCGACAUUCCAGACGAGCUGUGGUUUCUGGCUGCCUGCCCAGGCCAUCAAUUUCCUCGUUGUUCCUCCCAUGGCGCGUGUUGUUUACGUAGCGACGUGCUCGUUCAUAUGGGUAAAUAUACUCUGCUGGAUCAAGAGGACCGAGCUCAAAAGCAACCCCAGCUGAUGACACAGGGCAACAAUUCUGCAUUUAUAAAAUAAAACUUGAUAAAGUUCUACAACCAAUGCAAUAAUGCUGCUUUUGCAUUUAAAUAAAAUUUAUUAUUAUACAUAUAAA